CAUUGUCUCAAAAUGUUUUGUCAUAAAACAAGAAUCAUAUCCAUCUAGCUUCCUCCCACAAAAUCAUCAUGAAAAUCCAAUAUAUUUUCUUGCUACAUUUCCUCUUGGCCUUGCUACAUUUCACUAGCCUAAUCAGAUCCGACCCCGAACCACUAAAUGACUAUUGCGUGGCCGAAACCAAAAAUCAUCACAAUAUUUUCUUAAAUAGUGUACCAUGCAUAAACCCCAAUCACACUCUAGCCUCCCAUUUCUCCACGUCAGCAUUGUCCGAACCCGGUAGCAUGAACCAAUUUGACUUCAACGUUACACUAAGCAACGUCAACAAUUUACCCGGUCUCAACACCCUAGGCCUAACCAUGGCACGUGUGGACAUCGCAGCCAAUGGUCUCGUGCCACCUCAUUCCCACCCUAGGGCUUCGGAAGUCACCAUUUUGCUCGAGGGCUCUCUCUUAGUCGGAUUCGUCGACACUUCAAAUAAGCUCUACACACAACGCUUAAGACCCGGUGACUCUUUCGUGUUCCCUAAAGGUCUGAUUCAUUUCUUGUACAACACGGGGAUAUCAAGCCCGGCCUUGGCUGUGUCGGGGCUGAGCAGUCAGAACCCGGGAGCGCAAGUCUCGUCAGUUGCCUCGUUUGCCUCACACCCGGGCAUGCCAGAUGAUGUGUUGCGGAAGGGAUUCAAGAUGAAUGGACAAGAUGUUGCUAGAAUUAGAAGGAAUCUUGGAGGGUGAACGUUGAUUUUAUUUUAUUUUUUUGUAUGUCAAUUUUAUGACUUUGCAUAAUACUAUUGAUUAAUGAAUAGUUACGAGUGACAAGUGAUUAAAUUUUAUUGUGGUUUGAAAUUAAAGUUAGGUUAUAGUCAAAUAUGUGAGAUGUAAUUGUGCACGCGACAUAUCAACGGCCAUAUUUUGUUUGAAUUUCUUGCCAGCACCACGCUGGAACAUUUAUAUGUAAGCACUCUGAAUUAAAUUAUAAGUUUGUAUUUCGUUUAUUUAAAGAUUUUUACGUAUACAUUCAUCAUUUGUAUAA